AUGGCUGAUAGCGAGAAAUUAACUGGAUACAGCUGCUUCCUUGUCAAGAAAGUAUCCCACCAUGGAGCACUCAUCCUUUACAAGACUAAAGUACAGUUUGCUUAUUCCGGUGAAGAAAGAAAAAUCGAUAUUAAGCUUCAAGAUAUCAAGGCAGUAAAUGUGGAAAAGCACUUAGUUGGCGCUGUUAGUAAUCUUGAAUUGCAACUCGAAGAUCAGUCAUAUUUGUUUUCUGGUAUCCAUGAAGCUGAGCAAGUUAAAAAUUAUAUUUCAUUACUUCAAGCACAAAUUCAGAAACCAACGUACACCUUUGGUUUAACCAAUGAAGCACCAAAAUCAGAAGAGAUCAAAUGGCAGCCACUUGCUAACCCUACAAUUUUAGUUAACUCAACAAUUCCAGCUCCGCUUGCCAAAGUCCGCGAAAUUGUCGAAGGCCCUGAUCUAUUCAGUGAACUGUGCAUUGCAUCUGGAAAUGAAGAAGUUAAAGUCUCAGAUUUUGAGCAACAAAAUGAAUAUAAAGAAAGAAACAUGGAUUACAUGAAAUUGGUUGUCGUCCCAGUUAUCGGUAAGAGUCUAAUCCAUGUUAUCGAAUACCAGCGCGUCUUUGAACUUGAAGGCGGAUUUGGCAUUCAUAUCAUCAGCGACUUAGGUAAAACUCCUUAUGCGGAUUGCUUCGAUCCAUUUGUACAGCUCUAUUUUGCCGAUAAAGGCGAUUCUACAGAAAUGACAGUGUCAAUGGAAAUUGUCUGGUCAUCAGAACCUUUCGUAAAGUCAAUUAUUGAAAACCAGACAACUUCAGCAAUUAAGGCGCUGUACGUCCAAUUCAAUAAGGACCUUAACAAGCAACUUGGUGCAGAUGUUGCUGAAAAUCCAGCAGAUGAAGAAGAUGCAAAUGCAGGAGAAUCAAAACUCGCCAAAGUCAAGAUUAUUUACAAGUUUGUCAUUAUUUUACUUUCAAUUAUUUUGUUAUUAUUAUUUGUCAACCGCUGCUGGCCAGAUAAUGGCAUCAAAUUAUCAAAGGCCUUGUUUGCAAAACUUUUGGCUUUCGUCAUUUUCAUUCUUGUAUUACUUUUAAUGUAA